AUGCAGAUAAAGUUGAUUCUGAUAGCUGGCAUUUUUGACAUCAGCACUGCGCCAGCCCUGGACGACCCUAAUGCUCCGGCAGCAAUAGAGGCUAAGGGCCUGUCACGCCGCGCGGCAAACUACCCGCCGGUGCCAGAGCUAUCUUUCGCUCCCAUACAGCGCCUGCUGCCCCAUGCCGCCGAGUACUCUGAGGUGCACGCAGCCGUGGAUGACGCCGCAGUGGACGCGGGCGUUAUCAACAGCCUGCUGCAGGCAGAGGAGCCGGUGCAGCUGCAGGCGCUGCAGCAGCAGGCCCCACCGCCACGCGCUCCGCUGCGGCGACGCGCCACCGGCGCCCGCGCCGGCUUCCCCGGGCCGGCGCCCACCGCCGCUGCAGCCGCGGCGCGCGGCUCCGCCGCUGCCAUCGCCGCGAGCGAGAAGCGCGCCGUCCACGUCAGCGGCGGCGUCCUCUCCGCCUACUCCCUCGACCCCGCCACCGGCGUGCGAGACGCGACCCUUGCUCAGAUCCGCCUGCAAGACCUUUUCGCCCCCAUCGGCUCCUCAAACUGCCGAGACGGCGUGUACGACGCGAGUGCAGUCUACGACACGCGCGCGUCGCGGUUCUACGUCGCCGCGGCGUGCGGCGGCACGGGAUCUGCGCUGCUCGCCGUCUCGGCCACCUCGGAGCCUGCCAGCUACUGGUAUCUGUACAACCUCAAUGCGGACGGUGUCGGCACGGCGCUCGCGUGCGCGAGCGGCGAGGCCGCCCUCGCGGACUACCCCCGGCUCACCUUCAACGCAGACGCCCUCGCCGUCAGCGUCCGGACGUACUGCCCGUCGGCCGGCGGCGCCGCGGGCGCGCCCGGCGCCGGCGCGGCGCUGAUGGUGCUGCCGAAGGGGCCGGCUGCCAACGGAGAGACGCGGCUGGCGUACGCUCUGUUCACCUCGCACGAGGUCGCAGCGGCGGCGAGCGCGGCGGCGGCGGCAGCGGGCGGCGAGCGGGUGGCCGCAGGGAGCGUCCUGCAGUUGGAGCCGGCGGUGCCGCAGAGCGCGGCUGACGUGAAUGCUGACCACAUGUACUUCGUGGCUGAUCUGGCAACCCCCAAGGGCCAGCCGCGUCGCAGCUUUCUUCUGGUCUCCCUGAUCAACACGGGCGCCAUGUGGGGCUUCAACGGCACCGCCGGUAGCCCCGCUGCGCUGACGCCGUUCUUGGCCGCGGUGGUCGCAGACCGCGGUGCGCCUGUCACCCCACCUGCACCUGUCAAGACGAUGCUGCAGCCCGAGGGAGCGCCGGCGCUGCAGGCGGCCAGCCUGCCCUCUGGCAUCUGGAGCGGCCGGGUGGCUUGGGCAGGUGGCAAGGUCUACGUGGUAGAGGAGGCCUCCAGCGACGACGCAUCCCACAGCCCGACCCUUGCGUGGACCGUACUCCAGCCAACCCUGUCCGUCGCCGGCACAAGCGGCGACGCCUGCCUGGCGCCGCCAGCCUGGGGCCAAAGCUUUGACUUUGCGGUCAACAGGAGCGCCGAGUUUGGGGCGAGCACGCAGGUGGCUUGGGAGGGCUUUGUGAACAAGGCGGCAGAGGCGUCCAAGGUUGUCGACCAGGCAAGUGGCUGCUGA